GUGGCCAUAUGCAUGCCCCUGCGCCACAGAGAGCUGUGCUCCACUCGCAGCACUGUGCACUGUAUCCUCAUCAUUCAUGCCCUCAGCUCUGUACCCUGUAUUGUUAUUCUCUCAACUUUCUUUGCAUCAGCCCAUCUUAGCUUUUACACACAAUACAGAAUAUGUACUGUGGAGAUAUUCAUUUUGUACAUAUGGCAGGAUCAUAUUCGAUCAGCUGUACACCAGUUUUACUUCUUGAUGAUGUGUAUUACUAUUGUAUUCUCCUAUGUUAAGAUAAUGACAGUGGCCAAAGCUGCAUCAGGAGAGGAUAAAAAGUCAACAUGGAAAGGGCUCAGAACAGUAAUUCUUCAUGCCUUCCAGCUGCUGCUCUGUCUCAUCCGUUUGUGGUGUCCACUCAUAGAAGCUGCUGUACUACAGAUCAAUUUCAGGAUAUUUAACAAGGUUAGGUACUUUAACUACAUUAUGUUUAGCCUUGCUCCAAAGUGUCUGAGUCCUCUCAUUUAUGGUCUCAGAGAUGAAAAGUUUUUUCUUGAGCUAAAAAAGUAUGCCCUCUUUGGCCUGUAUAAGAGAAUCACUGAGAAAGGCCUCAGCUGA